GCUUACCCCAAGAUUUACUCGUGCACGCCGGACAUGACGGCGGCCGACUGCCGGACCUGCCUCCGGGACAUAAUUGGGGAAUUUACCCCCGAGUAUUUUGUCGGGAAGCCAGGCGGGAGAGUCUUCCGUGUGCGCUGCAACUUCCGGUUCGAGACGUAUUCUUUCUUCUCUGGGCACCCACUGCUACAACUCCCGGCCAUGUUGCCGCCUUCGCCGGCGCCGGCGCCAGCGGCGACCGGAGAAGGAGAAACAAGACAUAGGAGGACAGGUUUGGUCUUGGCCAUUACACUGCCUAUAGCUGCCGCACUACUGCUUCUCAUUGUAACGUGCGUUUGCUUUUGGAGGAGAAAACUGGCAAAGAGAAAGCCCUCAGUACAAUGUAAGCUGAGUUUAUUUUUUCUUUUUCAAUUCAACUGCAAGCUAAGAUAACCCUUAUAUGAAACUAUUUACCAAAAUAAACAGUUAAAAACUAAUAAAGUAUGGGGUAUUUCUACA